AGAGGCAGGCCAUUCGUGCAUCUGCGUUGGAUUCUGUGCUUCUUCAAAUUCACCUUUACGUCUUGUCCCAGCGGAUUCGUGAAGCGCUGAUGAAACGCAAUGUCGUAGAUGACGGCGAUAGACGUUCAUCCGGUGUGCUUGGACAAAAAGACGAGGACAUCAAAGAGUGCUGCAUCGAAAAUGAAUGUGCCCACUGGAGGUGACGUCCCCGCGGUCAAUCGUACCAGCCUGGCUACCGCUAGCAUUUCCGGGAAAGAUGGAAACAACUAUCGACAUGAAUACUCACACUCAGUAGGCGCAAACGGAGUGACCUAUUCAUAUCCAGGGGCCCAUGUAUCUUGUCCAUCUUCCCCCAGCAUAUGCACGGGAACUAGCCAUUACGGAGACAAGCAUUUAAUUAAGGCUCAAGAUAAUUCAUUUCCAAUGUCACUCUCCUUUCUUAUUUCCUUCUUAGGAUAUUGAAAGAAUGAGACUGCGUACGAAAUGAAUUGUUUUGCGCUGUAAUAUAUAAGCAAAACAAAAAGGCGAAGACAAAAAAAACAAAAAGAGUACCAAGGGAAGAAGGAGUCGAAAAUACCACGUCUCUAGUAAGACGCCCGCCCGAGGACACGCCUCGGCUCCGACUCGUCCAUCGGUCAGUACCAAGUACGUAG